UGACGACUGUUUCAAGUUAACCUAAAAAAAGUAAAGAAGAAGUAUAUUUAUUAUUGUUAACAUUUUAGUUGAAGAAAUAUAUUAUUGAGUUAAAUUUCCUGAUUGUUCUGAAUUUUUUAAAAUGAAGUUCAAAAAUAAAUCGAAAAAUCACCAAGAAAAUGAUGAUUUCGAAGACUAUAUUGAAGAAUCACCAAAAUGGUUUGAAAAGGUUCCAAAAUCCAAUCAUGCUUUCCCCAAAGCUACGGAACAACAAAUUAUCGAGUUGAAAGAAGAAGCUAAAAUGUGUCUUGAUUCAGAAACUGCAAAUUACAAUAUUAAAAACUCAAAAACUAACUCUAAUUAUCAGUGGAUGAAAACAGUUAUGAACAAAGGAACAGUGUCAGAUAAAAUUGCGUCUCAUACAGUGAUGAUACAAAAUGAUCCGGUUCAUAACUUGGAAUUAUUAAGAAGUUUCGUUGGAAUGGUUAAAGUUGCAAAAAAAAAGGAAUGCAUUGGUGUUAUGGAUGCUCUCACAGAUCUAUUUUUGGAAGAUCUCCUUAAACCAGACGGAAAAUUAGAGGCGUUUCACCAGAAACCAUUAUCUAUAUUGAAUGAUAUUUCUUCCGGUAAUGCAAUAACGAGAAGAAAAAUGUUGAGUAUAUGGUACUUUGAGGAUCAGCUGAAAGAAAUUUACAAUACUUACAUAGAUGCUUUGAAUACAGCAGCACAUGAUUCUGUUGAUAACAAUAAGGAAAAAGCUAUAAGUGCACUAUACAAACUUUUAGCUGGAAACCCAGAACAAGAAAAGAAAUUAUUAGCUUACCUUGUGAAUAAAUUAGGUGACCCAUCUCAAAAAGUAGCAUCCAAAGCGAUAUACUGCUUGGGGCAGCUUAUUAGAACUCAUUCUAACAUGCAGGGUGUGAUAUUGAAUGAAGUCGAAAAACUCAUUUUCCGACCAAAUAUAUCUACAAAGGCACAAUAUUAUGGUUUAUGUUAUUUAUCUCAGUUUUAUCUGAAUCAUGAAGAAGAUGAAGUAGCUAGGAGAUUGAUAAAUGUCUAUUUUGGUUUCUUCAAAGCUUGUGUUAAAAAGGGAGAAAUUGAUAGUAGAAUGAUGUCUGCCCUAUUGAUGGGAGUUAAUAGAGCUUAUCCUUAUGCUAAAUUGGAAGAGAAAGUCAUUGCUGAACAUUUGGAUACAAUAUAUAAAAUUGUACAUUUGGCAAACUUUAAUGUCAGUUUACAAGCACUGUGUCUUCUUUAUCAAGUGUCUGACUUUACGAAUAAUGUGGCAGAUAGGUAUUAUUCUGCUUUGUAUCGAAAAUUACUUGACCCCAAAAUCAUUACCACGAGUCAUCAAGCCAUGCUAUUGAAUUUAAUAUACAAAUCUCUUCUGAAGGACACUGAAUUGAAUAGGGUUAAAGCAAUUGUGAAAAGAUUACUACAACUUUGUCUCCAUUUAAAUACAAGUUUCACUUGUGGGAUCCUCUACCUUAUUUCCCAACUCAUAAACAAAAGAGCUGGUCUGCACUCUGUUAUUCAAAAACAAGCUUUACCUCAUUUGAUUGCGGAAGAUGUAAAAGUAGACUUUGAGGCAGAAAUAAAAGAUGAAAUUCCAUCAAAUUCCCAAGAUGAACCCUUGAGUACUGAAAAACCUGAUACGCCUGAUUUGAAUAAUUCCACUGUAAUUAUCGUUGAUGAAUCUCCUGUAGAAAAAAAUGAGGCAGAUAGAAACCAUAAAAACAAAUCUGGUUUGUACCACAAGAAUAUUAAAAGGGAAAAAAAUUAUGAAUACAAUGCUCUCGUUAGGAAUCCCCUCUUUGCCGGAGCUGAAUAUUCAGCAUUUGUAGAAUUGAAUUAUUUGAGGAAACAUUUCCACCCUACAGUUUCUCUAUAUGCGAAUAAUAUAUUGAAUGGCGAACUCAUAAAAUAUCAAGGAGACCCACUAAAAGAUUUCAUGUUAAUCAGAUUUCUAGAUAGAUUUGUGUUCAAGAACCCUAAACUACCAGAUGAACUGCAAAGUGGAUCGCAUCCAACUUUUGGAAAGAGAAAAUCUUAUAAACCAAAAGGAGUGAAGUCGUUAUCCGUAACUUCAGCGGAAUAUUUACAUACUAAUGAGUAUAACAUUCCAGUAGAUGAGAAGUUUUUAUAUAUGUAUCUCCAGAAAAAAUAUGUCAAAAAAAAUAUGGAUGAUGACGAAGACAGUGAUGUUGAUUCUGUAGCAAGUGAUGAGUUUGAAGAAAUGCUCGAAAAAAUGGCCGGAAAACCUAAAGAAGAUAUCGAUUUCAUGGAAGAUAUAGGAGACAGACUGAAAAAACAGAAGAAUAAAUCCAAAACCGAAGACGACGAUGAUAGUGAUUUGGAAGAUGAAGAAGAUUUGGAAGAAGAGGAUGAAAAUUUAAUGGAAGAUGAUGAAGAUUUGGAAGAUGACGAGUAUGGAAAUUUAAUGGAAGAUGGCGAUGAAGAUUUGCUGAAGGACUUAGAAGAUGAUGAAGAUGAAGAAAUCAUGUUUAGUGAUGAAGAUGAACCGAAUAAUAAAAAACAAAACAAGAAGAAAGAAAAGGUUCAAUCAGUUUUUGCACCUGCAGAGGAGUUUGCUGAAUUACUUGAAGAUGAAGGUAGUUCUUAUGGUAAACCUGGUAGUUCAAAUACGAUGUCUAAUAAGGAUAAAUCAAACAAAAAGCAAAUAAUGUGGGAAAUGAACAGGAAUCAUGAUUGGUCAAAAGAGAAGAAAAGGAAAAGAACUAAUCAAAAUAAGAAUACCAAAAAUAAAAGAUUCAAAAAAUAAUUUAAUGUUGUUUCAAAGAUAUGUUUG